AUUAUAUAAAAAUAUUUAAAAUGAUUUUACUUUCAAACUCUUUCUCAUUAUUAUUUCAUUAUUCAAUUAAAAUGGAUUUGACGGGAAAGGUAGCGCUAAUUACAGGGUCGGCGUCGGGUAUCGGCAAAGAGAUUGCACUAAAGCUGUGCUCAUUGGGCGCCGAUGUGGUCAUCACUGAUAUGAAUAGGGAUGGCAUCGACGCAGUAGUCCAAACGUGUCGUUCCCUUCACAAACGCAAAGCACUGGGAGUUUACGCCGACAUCACCCGUGAGAGUGAUGUGAAGAAUUUGGUGGACAAGACUGUCGAGGAAUACGGAAAGAUUGAUAUACUGGUGAAUUGUGCCGGAAUAGGCCCCAUAUCCGACUUUCGUGACCCGCAUUAUAUCGAGGUGUUUGACAAAGUGAUCAACACUAAUGUCCGGGGUAUUCAAGUGUUGACUCAAUUAGUGGUCCCAUACCUCGAGACUACUAAAGGAAAUAUAAUUAACAUCUCGAGUGGCUGUGCAUUCGCACCGGUAUUAAAAUACUAGCUGUUUAUCCUAACUAUCGGGUGUCCCAUCGUAUCAGUAAGAUUUCUAAAUUAAUUUUAAAAUAUUU